GCGACAGGUCUCCCAGGAACAAACUCAUGCAAGAACACACACGCACAGGAUUAUUGCUAACAGAAAAAACUUCUAGAACAAGUGAAAAGAGAAUAUAUAUUGCAUCAUGCUCCUUUCUCUUCCCAAGCCCAUCUUUCACCAUGGCCUCCUUUGCUCUGCUACUCGUUGUUCUGCUUGUCCUUGUCAUCUCAUGGUUAUGGGAUUAUGUGAUGUUGCGCCUCAUAUGGAAGCCUCAAAUCAUUACCAACAAGCUCAGGAAACAUGGGAUCCCUGGACCUCCCUACAAAUUCUUCAAAGGUUGCAAUGAGGACAUCAAGAGAAUGAAGGAGAAGGCAGACGGUUUGGUGCUGGAUGUUCAUGAUCACAACUACCUCCCAAGGGUUGCAUCACACUACCUCAAAUGGAGGGAUCAAUAUGGAGAACCAUUUCUAUACUGGUUUGGGCCAAAACCGCGCAUCUGCAUCUUCGAUAUUGAAUUGGCAAGGCAGAUUCUUUCAAACAAGUCUGGAUACUUCUUGAAGAAUGAUACACAGCCAACAGUCUUGGCAUUGCUAGGUAAAGGGUUGGUCUUUGUGGAAGGCAUAGACUGGGUGCGGCAUCGCAGAGUAAUCAACCCUGCAUUUGCCAUGGACAAGAUAAAGAUGAUGACAAAAACAAUGGUCGCUUGUGCUCAAAACAUGGUCAAGGAAUUAGAAGACCAAGCAUCCAAAAACAAGAAUGGUGAAACUCAAGUUGAACUUGAAGAACAAUUUCAUGAGUUAACAGCAGAUAUCAUAUCCGAUACGGCCUUUGGGAGUAGCUACAAGUUGGGAAUAGAAGACUUCCAUGCACAGAAAGAGCUUCAGGAGAUCGUAGUAGAAACUCGCCUUGAUGUACAGAUACCAGGAUCCAACUACCUUCCUACAGCAAGCAAUAGGCGGAAGUGGAAGCUUGAAAGGAAGCUUAGGGGUACGCUUGUUCAGAUCAUUCAAUCACGAUUAGGGUCAGAAGGGAGUCUAUAUGGAAAUGAUCUGCUUGGUUUGAUGCUUGAGGCUUGCAUUCCAACCGAGCAAGGAGGCAAGCAACAACAGAUCAGUUUGAGCAUGGAUGAGAUCAUACACGAGUGCAAAACAUUCUUCUUUGCUGGUCAUGAAAUCACAGCACUUCUGCUUACAUGGACAGUCUUCUUGCUCAGUGUGUAUCCAGAAUGGCAGGAGAGGCUUCGGAAGGAGGUUUUGAGGGAAUUUGGGAAAGAUGAUCCCAGUGGUCACAACCUUAGCAAAUUGAAAGAGAUGACAAUGAUUCUCCUUGAGACUUUGAGGCUCUACAGCCCUGCUGUCUUCACGCAAAGGAAAACUACGACAGAUAUGGCAGUUGGAGAAAUAAAAAUACCUAAAGGGUUUGGAAUUAUCAUACCUUUUGCAAUCAUGCACCGAGACAAGAAGGUUUGGGAUGAUAACGCAGAUGAAUUUAAUCCAUUAAGAUUUCAGAAUGGAGUCACAAAAGCAGCAAAGGUUCCUCACGCCCUUCUGUCAUUCACAAUUGGGCCAAGGUCAUGCAUUGGUCAGGACUUUGCGAUGAUGGAAGCCAAGUCAGUAAUGGCCGUGAUCCUUCAGAAGUUCUCUUUCACUCUUUCCCCUGACUAUGUUCACGCCCCAGUAGAUCUGCUGACUCUUCAGCCUAAGUUUGGUCUUCCGGUUAUUCUGAGGCGGUUGGAUGUAUGCUCUUAGAUGAUACUACUCCAUGUUACAGUGCCAAGCUUCAGAUAAUUGUCAGCCUCUGGUGCUCUGCGAUUCACUAAGUGGAUGAUAAAAUAAGAAAAUAGUGGAGUGUAUCACUAUUCACUACUGAACAAUACUGUUUCCCUA